UGGGCCCCCAUUGCUGUCGGUUUCCCUGGUCGAUACCUGGCCGUCGGUUUCUCUAGCACCGUCCACAGAUAAACCCUUCAAUCCCCACCCUCUCCCUUUUCUCUCUCUGUUGUUUCUCUCUAUCGCAGCUUUCGCAUUUCAAAACCAUAAUCAGCCAUGAACGCUCCUGCAAAUGACGAAGAAGAUCACGGCGAGGUUUUCUUGGAUGAAACCGAUGCCCUCCACGUAAUCACGAUCGACGACCAAGAUCUUCCUGAAGCAGAUGAAGAACUAGGUUCCGAUGGUGAAGCUAUCGAUAUUCGUGAUGCUGAUGGAGAGCAGCGAUCUGAUGGUGAAUCCAUGGACGAAGCUGAUGAUUCCAUGCACAUAUUUACUGGUCACACAGGUGAACUUUACACAGUUGCAUGCAGUCCAACAGAUGGUACAUUAGUAGCAACAGGGGGUGGAGAUGAUAAAGGAUUUCUUUGGAGGAUUGGGGAAGGAGAUUGGGCUUUCCAGUUACAAGGUCAUGAAAAUUCUGUGUGUAGCUUAGCCUUUAGUACAGAUGGACAAUUACUUGCAUCCGGAAGCUUGGACGGAAUUGUCCAAAUCUGGGACAUAAAUUCUCUCAAUCUCAAGUGUACGCUCGAUGGUCCUGGAGGAGGCAUUGAGUGGGUCAGGUGGCAUCCAAGAGGGCAUCUAGUCUUGGCUGGUUCAGAGGAUUCAACUGUUUGGAUGUGGAAUGCGGACAAAAGUUCAUUUCUUAACAUGUUUUCGGGUCAUGGUAGUAGUGUGACAUGCGGUGAUUUUACCCCUGAUGGUAAAACAAUUUGUUCUGGUUCUGAUGACUCAACAUUGAGAAUAUGGAACCCAAGAAGUGGCGAAAACAUUCAUGUUGUUAGAGGUCAUCCUUAUCACACUGAUGGCUUGACAUGUUUAACAAUAACUUCUGAUUCAACUCUGGCUCUUACUGGUUCUAAGGAUAGCUCGGUUCACAUUGUGAAUAUAACCACUGGGAAGGUUGUCAGUUCUUUGAAUGCACACUCUGACUCGAUAGAAUGUAUUGGGCUUGCAAAAAGCUCCCCUUGGGCCGCAACGGGAGGCAUGGAUCAGAAGCUCAUUGUUUGGGAUCUACAGCAUUCGUUGCCCCGCUGCACAUGUGAACACGAGGAAGGGGUUGCAUGCUUAUCGUGGCUCGGGUCGUCUAAGUACGUGGCUACAGGUUGUGUAGAUGGGAAGGUAAGAGUGUGGGACAGCCUCUCUGGAGACUGUGUGAGAAUCUAUAGUGGUCACUCUGAUGCCAUUCAGUCUCUAGCAGUAUCUGCUAAUGGGGAAUUCCUGGUUUCAGUUUCAAUUGAUGGAACUGCCAGAGUAUUUGAGAUAGCAGAAUUUCAAUGAACUAAGUGGCAGUAGUGACCGUUCAAAAAAAAAAUAGUGACUGUAGUGAGUUACGAUUUUGUUUAUUAGCCUGUUAUGAUUUGUAUCAAUAAUGUGCAAAAUACGGGGUUCUAUUUUACAAUGGUUGAUCUGAGUUGUAUAUUUAUGUGUUUGUAUACAAGAUGAUGCUCUAAAUCUGAUUUUAUAAUCAUUUCC